AUGACCAAAUGUGUGUUUCUGCCCGCGAUUUGGACAAUCCUAUUCACUUUAUUCGGCCAAUUAGUUACACAAGCUCAAACUAAUUGCCCAACAGGAUGUUCGUGCGUGGGUCAGACAAUUUCAUGUCAAAAAUCUGGACUACGCUCGGUCCCGGUGUUCCCACCAAUCGUGCCCGGACCGAAUGGCGGCUCGUUGCAAUUCCUCAUGCUCAGCGGGAAUCCGAUGAUCCGAUUGGAACAGGGCUCAUUUGAAGGGUUGGCCGAUUUGGUCCGGAUCGAGCUCACAUUCAAUCAAUUGGUUUGGGUAUCCAAACACGCGUUCACCGGUAUCCCCAGUCUUCGCAGUUUAUCACUGCGAGGUAAUCGUAUUGCCUAUUUGCCUCACGAUGUAUUCACCCCAAUAUUCAUGCUGGAAGAUUUAGAUCUGUCUCGGAAUCAGCUUCGUAGUUUACCAUUCUCCCUGGAGGGUUUGAUCUAUUUACGUCAGCUUUCCCUGUUCGGCAAUCCAUUGUAUUGCCCUUGCGAGAUCGUGGAUUUUGCUCUAUCCUUGAGACAUCUGGAACCGGUUCGAUCUCGAGUCACCUGUAUUGGACCGAUUGAGGUCGCGCAUAUGCAACCCAUGGAAUUGGGUCGCCGAUUAGUCGCUGUGGUGGAAAACACUCGGCUCUUGGGUUAUCAAGCAGCAAACGAUACCGAUCGGGAUUUGAUUGUUCGAACACACCCCUAUGUGCCACGGGGUAGACAGCUUCGUUUGCCAUGGCCCUGGCCCCAUUGUCCAGUGCAAGAUUUUGGCGGGUUCGAACCCAAACUGCUAAUUGAAUCUGACGAAUCAGAUGACAACAAUGGAUCGGGCGAAUCCUUGCCGUCAAAAUCCCGAGCUGAAGACCCGAUAUUAUAUGCGGAAGAUCCUAUUGAACUGGCCCAAUGGCGUGAUCGACCGCAGAAUGUGGAAGUUGUGGCCGGUGAAGUGGCUCGAUUCAUUUGUGGUGCGGAUGGGCAUCGGAAUUUGCAAAUCACUUGGAUUUUGCCGGUCAAUGCGACCAAACAUAUUCGGUUGCAUCGAAGACGUCAGGUAUGUUCGGGGUAUGUUACGCUUCGCGUAUUUUUGGGUGGAUUACCGUUCUCCGAUGUUUGCUUGAUCCCAUGGCUCUCUGGCUUCGAAAGCGGUCACGUGAAUUUGACUCAGAAUUGA